UCGUUGCGAACCAAAGUUCACCACAAAUUGGCCGAUCAUUUGGCGACCAUUUGUGUGGACGCCUUACUCGCCAUCAGACAAGAGGGCAAACCGAUCGACCUGUUUAUGGUUGAGAUCCAAGAGAUGCAGCACAAGUCCAUUGAGGACACGAGUCUCGUGAAGGGACUGGUCUUAGAUCACGGCGCCCGACACCCGGACAUGAAGAGACACGUGAGCAACGCAUACAUACUGUGCUGUAAUGUGUCCCUCGAAUACGAGAAGACGACAGUCCACUCGGGCUUCUUCUACAAGACGGCCGAAGAGAGGGAACGCCUGAUCGACGCCGAGAGGAAGUUCAUCGACGACAGAGUCCACAGAAUAAUCGCGUUGAAGAACAAAGUGUGCGGAGACGACAAGGAGAAGAACUUUGUGGUGAUAAACCAACAGGGAGUCGAUCCCAUCUCACUGGACCUCCUGUCGCGCGCCGGCAUUGUGGCGCUCCGGCGGGCGAAGCGGCGCAAUAUGGAGCGCCUGACGCUCGCCUGCGGAGGCUUUCCCAUGAACUCGUUGGACGAGCUGACCGAGGAGUGCCUGGGAUGGGCCGGUCAGGUGUAUGAGCACACGCUGGGAGAGGAGAGGUAUACGUUCGUCGAGGACCUCAAGAACCCGCUGUCGGUCACGAUUCUGAUCAAAGGGCCGAACAAGUACUCCAUAGUUCAGGCCAAGGAUGCCAUUCACGACGGCCUGCGAGCCAUCAAGAAUGCCAUCGACGACCAGAGUGUGGUCCCCGGGGCCGGCGCUUUCGAGGUGGCCCUCUAUUCGGCGCUCGUUGACUACAAAAAGGAGGUGAAAGGAAAGGCACAGUUAGGCGUCCAGGCGUUCGCCGACGCGCUACUUAUUAUACCGAAAACGCUGGCAUUCAAUGCCGGCUUCGACCAGCAGGACGUCAUCAUUAAGUUAUUGCAAGAAUACAACGCUUCCAAACAGCCGGUCGGUGUCGACCUCAACACCGGAGAGGCCAUCAAUCCAUUGGAUUUGGGAAUUCUCGACAACUUUAAAGUGAAGCGUCAACUCAUCAACUCGUGUACGACAAUCGCCUGCAAUCUGUUAUUAGUCGAUGAGAUCAUGAGAGCCGGACUCACGUCACUAAAAGGCGACAAAAUCUAAAACCCAUUGUUUCUUACGAAGUAUUUUAUAAUGAAUUAAUUAAAAACACGGAAUAAUUUUUUAUAAUUUGUUUAAUUAUUAUUAUUAUUUACAUAAAACACAAGAAAAGUACACAUUUGUGAGCGAUUUAUCAAUUAAUAGAUCCAAAACCUUGAUAAGAGUUAACCGAUUGCACCGUUCGAAAC